UUCACUUGCGGAGCCGGAAAAGGGAACUCCUCCUCCAGACCGCGUUUUGAAGUGGGAGGGGGAAGAAGGCUUCUUUGUAGCAAUGCUGGAUCCGUUAGAGAACAACUUGUUUGAUCUUCCUGAUUAUGAGAACACAGAAGACGAAACCUUCCCACCUCUUCCACCUCCUGCCUCUCCAGGAAGAGACGAUGCAGAAUGGGCUCAGGCUAAUGGAGAUCCAGAUGGAAACCAGCAGUCCCAAACAAAGGAUUCUGCUGUGACCACACAGAAGGCAGUAAAAAGACAAAGGCCUAAAUUAGAUGCCCAGAGGUUAAUUUCAGAAAGAGGAAUCCCAGCUCUGAGACACAUGUUUGACAACGUGAAGUUCAAGGGCAAAGGGCAUGAGGCAGAGGACCUGAAGACACUGAUCCAGCACAUGGAGCACUGGGCCCACAGGCUGUUCCCACAGCUGCGGUUCGAGGAUUUUGUUGACAGGGUGGAGUCUUUGGGAAACAAAAAGGAAGUUCAGACCUGCCUGAAGCGGAUUAGGCUUGAUCUUCCUAUUUUACAUGAAGACUUCAAACAUAAUGAAGCAGAAGCAGACGGGGAAAGCAAUGGGCUGGAUGCAGCUGCUGAAGAUGCACAUUCCCACUCUGGCGGUGCAGAGGAGCUGAAUUCCCUGCCUGGGACAAGCCUGACAGAGGAGCAGCAGGAGCGGAUGAAGAGGAACCGGCAGCUGGCCCUGGAGCGGAGGCAGGCGCGGCUGCAGGGCCUCAGCCAGUCCCAGCACCAGGAGCUCCCCAUCAGUUACUCAGAAGAGGAGUUGGACAGCCCAGUUGCUCAGGAUCCCACUGACCUUACUGAAGACACUCAGGUUCCUGCAGCCAAGGAUGCUCCCACAGAAGAUGGAAAUGAUGAAUUGGAAAGUGCCAGGGAAGAGCAGUAGCUCCCUCACACCGUGAAUGCCUUUUUUGACCAACAGUAAGUACUGGCAUUGUACUGAAACGUUGCUGGCUCUUGGCACUGCAGAAGCUUCAGGGAAGUCUUUGCCAUGGCGUCACUGAAGGACAGAGCUCUUCCCUGGAAGCUGCAGGGGAGCAGCUCCAUACACCAGGAAACAGAACAAAGUUCUUCAGCUGCACUUGAGCCAUCUUUUCCACCUCCCAGAAUGUUUUCUAGGAAAUGUUUAUGAGUUUUUGGACCUACUUUGAAUACAGUUUAUCAUUUAUGUUAGACUGAAUGAACUGGGAUGUUGAUGGAUUAAGUUGCUAUUAAAGGUGUGUUUGGGUUUUUUUAACAGGUCUUUUAA